UGGGCUCAGGCCUGGGCUGAACAUGAAUACCUAAAGGCGAAUCAGUGGUACGUGUCAUCAACCGAGUGCCAACUAUUUCUCAUUUAUUUUUUCCAGGUCUUCAGCGGCUUUGCAGGUCGUCAGAGACAAUCAGGCGUCAUUUCCGACGUUGAACCAGUUCACCGCUCCGGUGGCUGGUCUCCCCCAGUUUCCCCCAAUGGACCAGAACCAAUACCAUUUUCAGCAGCCCACUGUCGUCCCUCAACUAUCUCUGGAGGGCUACGCAUGGUCCCAAGCUGGCUAUAAUGACGGUUCGUAUGCGAAUGGACCUAAUUUUACUCAAAAUCACCUUCUUACCGUCGUCGAUCUAGAGCGUUGGGUACCGGAAGAUCCCCGCACGUAUGGCAACGCACACGCUGGUGCCAUCAUGGACACGAUGUCGGAUAUCGAAACCUUUUUGCCGUCCGCGUCUGACUCUGACGCGACAAUGUAUCUCAGUGAUGACAGCAACUUGGAGCCAUCUUCCUCAGCUCCCAUUGGGCAGACGUGCGCCAAACGUCCCAAGCGUAAAACUCGUCAUACCGUUACAUACGAGGAAGACAGCUCGAGCUUGUCUCCCGCACCAACCACUCGCAAGCGCAGAUGCUUGGACGACGACGAAGACGAAGUGAGAGAGGGAAAGUUUGGUUUUUACAGACUAGCGGACGCCACUGCCGUAGUCAUGGCUGUGCCUGUUCACGACCCGAAGCUGGUGGAUAUCAGCAGUCGCAGGACCCACGAUGCCCAAGGUAAUCUUCUUCGAACGAGGAGAUUUGGGGCGAUGGAACUCGAUGAUUCCUACUCCAAGCGGUCCGUCAAGAUUACGAAUGAACUACCCGCAGGGAUGACUUGCGUACGACCAUGCGAGUGGACGGACCAGCCCUGCGGGCUGUUUGUAGAAAUGAACAAAGUCCUCGUCGCAGAUCACCUGUUGCAUUGGCAUGGUGUCGAAUCCAAAGGCACGACUCUCUGCAAAUUCGAGGGUUGCUCGAAAUCAAAGGCGAUGCUCAAUUUGGGCCGUCACAUCGAGGGCAUCCACUAUACUACGUCCUACGAAUGCCCUUAUUGCGGCAAGCGGUGGUCCAGGUCCGAUUCUUUGGACCGGCAUCAAGUGACAUGCAGACCGCUCCUUGAUAGCAAGGCCCGUGCUAAGAAGGGACGUCGCGAGUUUGGCCUUCAAGACCCGAAGAAAUUGGUCUAUGGAUAUAUCGUUCCUGCUCGUAAUGCAACAUAGUCCAGCAUACAACUUAAUUUCUCCGAUUCUUCACGAACUCUAUGAUUACAACACUCGUUUCUUUCGCUUGUAUACAUAUAUUUGGCCGAAUCACUUGGCCCAUAUCAUCGACACUCCUUUUGCAUCGAAUGUUCCCUCUUUAGUGUGUUUCCUCUCCUCAUUAUCGCUUGGCGUAUCCUCUAUAUGUUUAUUGUAUAACCAUUAUCGCACGCUGGACGCAGCUAUCGUAUCUCAUCGUGUUGCUUAGUGUAUACUCUUAGAUAUUGACGUUGUAUGAUGAACUUGCAUCGUACUUGAUAUCGAGC